GAGCUUAUGUAUAUAUGCAUGAGUUUAAAAACGUGGACGUCUAGACUCUAGUCUAGUUCUCUGGUCUAGUUUAUUUGUCUUUUAUUUCUACCGAAUUUGUUUUCACAGCAAAUAAUAGUUUGUUUUUCCUACAUAGUGCGUAACGCUUUUGUUUACAACUAAUAACUAUUUGUAAAUGGAUAAAAUAACAAAAGUAUGCGUAUCUCUUUUAUAAGCAUUGAAUUGGUCUGCAAUUCUCAAGUAUAAAAACCGGCAUCGGUUUGUUACUAUUUUCAACAAUGGACAAGGUUCGAAAAAUUUGUCCCAACUGCAGUCAACUCUAUAGCUAUCAAUCUACAUCCCAGGCUGACAAGAAUAAUUUGCCAUUAUUUCUAUCAUGUGGACACUCUAUGUGUGAGAAAUGCAUCAGAAAUAUAAUGAAGUUCGAAGAACCCAUAGAAUGUAAAGUGUGCCACCAAGACACUGAAGUACCAGCAUCCAGUCUUAAUUUACUGGCUUUGAAUCACAAUCAUUUCUAUGAAAUAUUUCCUGUCAAUGUAUACUUGUUGGGAGAAUUGGCACUAAACCUCAUUCAAAAUCCCUCUAAAAAAGUCAAUCAACCAGAUGAAGAGUUCUAUAUUAAUCUUCGAGGCCUGUUGCAAGAUAAUAACCAAGGGAGGUGCAUGGAAUGUCAACAAUGCACAUCAAAAAUGUGUCGUCAAUGUGCCACAAUCCUCUGUGAAACAUGUUUCAACAAAAGUCACAAAAAUUUCAUAAUAUUCAAAAACCAUUUUCUACAAAAUAUAGAGCCACAUGUGGAAACCAAAUAUUGUAAAAUGCACAAAGAAAAACCGCUGGAAUAUUACUGCAAAGACUGUUCCAAGACUAUAUGUAUGGACUGCAUGAUUGUGGGUGGUGACAAAUCAUGCAAAAAUCACAAUGUUGUCUCUACAAGCGAAAAUCUUGAUGAUAUUUUGACUGAACUAAAAGGCGUCGCCCCAAAAGUUAAUGAGACAUUCAAAAGACUCACAAAAACUGCAGUAAAUGUUGGAAAUUUAUUGCACAAUAUUUCAAAUGAAAUCGGUUCUCAGUCCCAUCUGCCACAAACAAUGGCCAAUGUUGAACACCAUUUUUCAAAACUUUUUCAUAAAAUACAAAAACACAAACAGGAAGUAAUUGACAUUGUUGUCACACUGAAAAACUCCGAGAAGGAAUCUCUAGAAACUGCCAAAAGUGAUAUUACAGAAGCCAUAAAAAAAGCCCAUAAAGUUAUGAAAACUCUUGAAUCAACCGAGGAUCCACAAAAAUUGUCGCAAUUGAAUCUCUGGUCGCUUUUGGAGGAAACUAAACAAAUAGCGGAAGCACCGUGGUACUUAGACAAAGACGAAGAUAAGGAUAAGUUGAAAAUCGCUGUCAAUGAAGACUUGUGCAACUUAAUAGCGGAUUACAUGAGUUUAGAAGGCAAUGUCAAAUCUGUGUAUAAACUCCGCACUACUGCUGAAUUGGGUGACAUAGAAAUACCGCCACCGCCGCCGGCGCCUGUGUACCCGCCGGAGAUGCCUAAAGAUGUCCGUCAGAAACCAGCACAAAAGGUAAACACAGUAUGUGAGAAGGAUGUCCAGAAGGGUCCCGCGUUUUUCAAAGCGCCGCCGCACUACCGCAGCAAGAGCGGUUCGGUGACGUCGCUCAACUCUUACAGCAGCGACUCGUCUAGCAGGAGUUACCAAACACAAAAAGACCCACCACACAGAAACAUGCAAAUGUAUGCGGACAUGUACAAAAGGCAGGUAGUGCAACCCGUUCAGCCAUUCGCUGACAGCCACCAUCCGAAGCAACUUAAUGAAGGGACUCAAGAAUUAAUAUACAUUUCUCAUAUAAUAAGCCCACAUGAUUUCUACGUACAAAGAGCUUGCCAUCAAAACUUGGUGAAGGAAAUGCUUCGUGAAUUCAAUAACGCAAAAUCUUUACCGCAACCUACUUUAAAUCACGCAGUGGAAGGUAAAGUAUAUUUAGCGUUCAAUAAAGCGGAUAACAUGUGGCAAAGAUGCCGAGUCAUGAGCGUGGACCGGAAAGACCCCAAGAAUCCAAUAUAUCACGUGUUCUGCUUAGACUUCGGCAGUUCGGAGAUUGUCACCAGAGAUAAGUUGCGACUUCUGCCUCCUGCAAGAGUGCAGUAUCCACACGCGUUAGCGAUCAACUGCGCAUUGGCCAACUGCGAGCCAAGAGCUGGGGCUUGGACCAACGACGAUGCUUAUUUGAUACAGAAAAUUAUUGAUAAUAAACAAGCCGUUAUUCACGUUCGUCGCGUGCACUAUAACUCCAAUGGUUCCAUGAAGUUGGAGUGUGACGUCACGACGUACGAAGAUGGCGUCAGUGUAGCGCACGCGCUCGUGUUCCACGAACGCGCGCGUAUGCCACAACCAAAACUCUCUUACCCCGUCCCAGUCGGCAUAAGAGAAAAACGCAAAUUGUUCAUUAGUAGCAAUGACUUUAAACACAAAGCUGUGGAAGAGGUAUACAUAACAUGUAUCGUAAGCCCAGAUAAAUUUUUCGUCAGAAAGCAACAUCUCCAGAGCGUGUAUGAAAAGCUUUGCGAAGAUUUAGAACAGGAAUACGGCUCGAAUGCUAACACAGGAACUGUUUAUUUGCCUGAAGUUGGCAUGGCGGUGGCGGUCCGGCUGCCGCAGUCGGAGGCGGGCGCGGGCGGCGCGUGGGCGCGCGGCGCGGUGCAGGCGCUGGCGGGGCGCGCGCGCGUGCGCGUGCUGCUGCCCGACGUGGGCCACGUGGCCGUGCUGCACUACUCCGCGCUGCGACACCUGCACCGGCACUUCACCACCGUCGCCGCGCUCGCGACGGAAUGUCACUUGUCCGGCGUUACGCCACUGAAUAAAAAAUGGAGCGCGAGCUCAGUGGCUCUCAUGCAGAAGUUUGAAGACCGUUUUCUAGAGCUUCACGUAGAAGACAACCGCAACCGCGACUCCAUUGGCGUGACUCUCUAUGAUAAAUCAGACUCGGAGAACAUUAUAUGCAUCAACAAUGAGAUGAUCAAAUAUAAAUUCGCCGUGUCUUUCGGGCUAUUUCAAUUUAAUAAAGACCAUGACUAUAAAGAACAAGUUAUAACCAACAAACAUCCUCUACAAGAUAAUAUACCUGCACCUAAACAGAAGAAAGAUAAAAUCACUAUAAUGAAAAGAGACAUGCCUAAAAAAGUCCAUAAAGAAGAUUUACAGGCAAAAGAUAAAGGCCCUCUAAGAUUAGAAGCGAAAGUUUUAUACUAUCAGUCACCUUCGUUAAUUUACGUUUCGUUAGUUCAUCAACAAAAAACAUUCAAUGAACUCUUUGAAAAAAUGCAAAAGUAUUAUGCGAAAAAUAAAACAGUUGGCAAAGAAGGUUGGAAAGUGGGUGACAGAUGUUGCACAAUUUGCAAUCAGUCCCAAACAUGGCGCCGAGCAGUCAUUCUUGAAUUAGAAGGAGAAAAUGCUAAAAUAUUUUACAGUGAUUUCGCUUUCAUAGAAACCAUUCCGAUAGCCAACCUCAGAGAGCUCUCAUCAGAAUUCGCAUCCAUAGGUGAUGCAGCCAUUAAGUGUCAUGUUUGCGGCGUCAUACCCGCUGUAGGCGAAGAGUGGCCUUCACUCACCAAGGAGUACCUAAAAGAACUCCUUGACGCUUACAAAAGAGUCUUUAUUACUAAGCUGGGUAAUUUUAAAAACAAAAGUAUGCCUAUCGAAAUAUGGGUAUACCAUACAGUACAAGGCGGAGCCUUAGAACCCAACCAGUCGGAGUGGCGAUGCCUUAAUAAGAAAAUCAUCGACCAAGGCUUGGGCGUCCCGGACAAAUCUCAAGAGGUAACACCUACCGAAAAUAAUGAAGAAAACGACGAAAUGUUGUCGUUCUUGAAUGUGCAAGGUUCAGUGCACGAUUGGUUGCAAUUGGAACCCAUGCCAAUGAAGCCUUUAAUCAAAUCUGUUUCUGACAGCGAGUCCAAUACAUCCACACCCGUGGAUCUCGCAGAAGACGAUGAAGGACCAGAAGCUUCGAAUGUUUUGUUCAUAUCCGAUUGGCUACCACCAGAGCCGUUGGCAAAUAAGGAAUUUAUGGCUAUGCCGACGUACAUUGACAACGAUGGUAUAAUUUAUUUACAUGAUAUUAAUCAAGAAGCAACACUGGAGCUCAUAAGUAAAGCACUCGAAGCGUUUAAAAAUCACGACCCUAAAGCAAAAUUCGUAAAGUGGACUGUCGGUGAGCCAUGCGUUGCUCAAUAUUUUUUGGAUAAGCGAUUCUAUCGUGGUAGAAUAAUAUCAGUUAAUGAGGAAGCCUCCACUUGCUUGAUACAAUAUGUCGAUUAUGGAAACGAAGAAGUGUGUGCGUUUACCAACAUCAGGAAAGGCAUUACACUUCACCAAAUUCCAAUUCAAGCACACAAGUGUAUUUUAAGCCGUAUCAAACCAGUGGAAAAUAAAUGGGACCGACUGACUUUGGACUAUAUACACAAAUCUGUUGUUGAAAAGGAAUGUUUUGUUAAAAUAAGUGAAGAAGCAAGUGGUGAUAUCACGCCAAUAGAAUUGAAAUACGAUAAACUCUGGAUUAAUGAUCAUCUUGUCGACUUCGACAUGGCAGUCUAUACAGAUGGCUCAAAACCUGUUGUAAGAAAAUUUGUAGCCAGUAAAAAAAAUAAAGUGUUGGAAACAAUUGUAAACGAAUCUCUUGACUCUGGGCCAGAUUACAUAGUGGAGGACGACAGUGAAAGUACAAGGUCGCAGUCCACUCAGCAAUCAAUUGAUUUACAAUCAAUGCAAGGGAAAGAUUGGGCUCAAAUGCUAGAAGAAGACGAUGAUUCCACUGGCGGGAAUUAUAUCAAGUAUCCCAGCCAUAGCGAUACAGAAUUAAAAUGUAACAUAUGCCUGAUUAACGAUCCUAACUUAUUGGAACUCAGUGUAAUUCACGAUGAAGAUACAGCUAAAGAAUAUGACAAAAUGUUUAAAGAAGUUGAUGCUGGCGCAACUAAUAUUCCAAUUAAUGGCAUAUUAGAAAAUAAAGCAUGUAUCGCUCUUUUCCCUGAAGACAAUAUAUGGUACAGAGCUUCAAUCUUGCAAUAUAGUGAGAGCCAAAAUAAGAUAAAAGUUAGAUUUGUUGACUAUGGUAAUAUAGAUAUUGUUUCUUUAGCUGACGUAAGAGAAAUUAAUGAAGAGUGGGCUAAGUUGCCACCUGCAACUGUUACUGCACGGUUAUAUGGAAUAAAACUAAAUCCUGAUGUCAAAAUAAAUGACAUUACACAAGAGUACACAAACAUAUUGCUGGACAAAGGACCAUUUGAUGCAUCAAUAGUUGACUAUGUUGAUGAAACGCCUCUAGUGGAACUAAGAAGUGAAAAUGGAGACAUCAUUAACGAAAUACUAACUGUUAAUAAUAUCUUUCUUAAGUGCGAUGACUCCGACUUUGCUUAAUCGUACGCAAACAUUCUCGUUAUAAAUGCGAACAUUUAUAGUAUUUGAUGUUUAACUUAAAUCUAUUGGUAGACACUACCUAGAGAUGUGUAGAUAAACAUUCCACCGAAUUGUUUAGUACAUAUUGAACUGUGUUUAGGGCAAAUAUUAAACUGUAGCCUUUAAAUUUAAUAGGUUUUUAAUUUUGCCCAAUUUGUUAUUACUUUAACGAAACUUACCUUAUAAGUUACAUUCUAUGAUUUAAAUUGAUUGUAAGUUAAAAAGAACGUGCUAAAGCACUUUUGUUAAUAUGGCCUAAAAAUAUUAUUGUAACUACAGAGUUGUAACAGUAGCUAUUGGUCAACAUAACCUUUAUGUUCAAUGAUUUAUAAAGAUUAUUCGCAAUUAUUUGAGAACGCUACUAGUUUAUGCUCAUUUCGAUGGCAACUAGGCCUUUGAUGUAAGCAACUUUCGAAAUAAACGUUUCUUUAAAUUAA